GUCGUGCCGCUGCCGCUCGGUGACCGCGGGCCGGAGGCCGGGCUGGGCGUGCGGACUUGGCCCGAGCUGCGCGGACGCUCAGCCGCACACACCGGGCGAGAAAGCUGGAACCGUUGCGACCUGUUCUUAGAAAGCCUUUCUUGUCUCCCGAUCUGGCUGUCAAGUGACGUUGCUGUGCAGCUGUUAACAUUAAGAUUUGUUUUAGAAGGGCAGUUAAACAAGCAUUUAUAGCAUUAGUGAUUAGCUAGAGACAGCGGCCAGGAGGAGCAGGUGUUUUCUGAGUGGCUUAAAGCUGAGUGCCGAGAGAAGUGUCUGUAACUCAGCUGUCGGAUUAUAUUGGGCUUAGACCGUCAGCAUGUUUGUGCAGUGCUUUGAGAAUCUAUUGGAAGUGUUUGUUUCUUGAAAUAGUACAGUCGUUUAAAUGCUCGUCCGAGAACUGGGAAAGGAGCUCCUUUAAAACAUAUUUACAGAAACUGAGGCCCAGGUGGAGAUAAUCCGAGGUUGAUGACAGACCUAAACUUAGCACUCUGGAUUUUAGCAUUUGGUAUUUCUCUAAACUGUUUCUGCAUCUGUACUUUUACUACAAGGCUCCUGGAGGAAUUGCUACGCCCCUAGUGUAUGGCCAGCUUCUAGCGUUGUAUUUGCUCCAUAAUGACAUGAAUAAUGCCAGAUAUCUUUGGAAAAGAAUACCACCUGCUAUAAAAUCUGCAAAUUCUGAACUUGGGGGGAUUUGGUCAGUAGGACAGAGAAUCUGGCAGAGAGAUUUCCCAGGGAUCUACACGACCAUCAACGCCCACCAGUGGUCCGAGACUGUCCAGCCCAUCAUGGAGGCACUCAGAGAGGCGACACGGAGGCGCGCCUUCGCCCUGGUCUCUCAGGCCUACACCUCGAUCGUCGCCGAUGACUUCGCAGCCUUCGUUGGACUUCCUGUGGAAGAGGCUGUGAAAGGUAUCCUGGAGCAGGGAUGGCAAGCCGACUCCACCACGAGAAUGGUUCUGCCCAGAAAACCAGUUGCAGGAGCCCCGGAUGUUUCCUUUAACCGAUUUAUUCCCUUAUCAGAGCCUGCCCCAGUUCCACCAAUCCCCAAUGAGCAGCAGUUAGCCAGGCUGACCGAUUAUGUGGCUUUUCUUGAAAACUGAUCCAUCAUCUGAGUUCAAGAUCCACCUUCAGAAUCCUGUAUACUGACAGAUACAGAAAUGAGAAGUUUUUCUUUUCAAUUCGUUGGAUGGAUUAAGCAUCUCAGCAUUCCUUACUGAGUAUGUGAUAAAAUGCAUAGAUAAUAUAAAGCAUAUUGUAUAUAUUUUGACCUUGAACAGUACACUGAGUAAUCGUC